AUGAGUUAUUCAGGUCAUAGGUUGGAUAUAAGUGAAAAGUCCAUCAUUAUGUUGUCCAACAAUGUUAAGGUAACACAACCAUCCGGAACGAUGAUAGUUAUGAAGAUACAUGAAACCGGUACACAUAUUUAUUCAUUUCAACUAAAGCCUUCUCUUGCGGACUGGAAAUCAACCAGCGGAUUGUGUGGGGUUUUAGAUGGAAAUAAGGAGAACGACUUCACAAAAAGAGAUGGCACAGUCACAAGCGAUGCCAAUAGUUUUGGAUUGGACUGGAGACUGAACCCUGAACUAGAUGGGGAUUCGCUGUUUGCCGCAUCCACUACACUGCCUGAUAUACCGUUACCACCAUUACAAUACUGUAAAUGUCGUGUGGACGAUACUCAACCUUUGAGUUCCGAGAUUCAAUGCAACCUUAUUUCAAACAUAGGAACAUGCAACACAAGACAGACCAAUUUUACUGGUUAUAUGCAGCAGUGCGAUAAAUCUCGAAUGAAGAGGGAAACUCAUGGAUCUAUAGAUGAGAACUUUGAAGUUCCUAAAUUUGAUAUCAACCUGGAUGAAGAAUAUAAAAAUGUGGCUGAAGUAGGUAUCAGACAAAUAAAGAAAUGUGGCAUUUAUUUGCAAAUGGAAAAUAUUAUGCAAACAUAG